AUGCCUUUUAUCAAGAAUUUAUGCGAGGAUACUCGGCCACCAUACUCCUUGUCGAUGUUCACGGCCUCUGUAUCACUGUUGCUAUGUUUAAUCACGGUGCCGGGAAAUGUGUUGGUUUGCUUAGCAAUCUUCAAGGAUCCUUACAAAGAACUGAGGACUUCGUUUAACUUUUUUGUAUUUCAAUUGGCCAUUAGUGACCUUGUAGUGGGAGUUUUGACCGAACCAAUGUUUAUUUGCUUCCACAUCAGAGAGGCCAUGAAGUAUCCGGUCAUGGAGAAUAUUUGGGUUAUUCACCUGACGUUUUUUAUAUCAUACGCUGCGUCGCUGUUAAGCCUGGCAGCGCUAACUCUGGACAGAUAUCUCACAGUGAUGUCACACCACAGAAGGCUGUUAUCCACCACUCAAAUCACCCUGAUAUCUGUGCUGAUAUGGGUGAUAUCUUUUUCGCUGCCAUGUUUGUAUUUCGUCACCGGAUUCUACCUGUUUGCGUUCAUGUUUACAAACGCUUCUCUCAUCAUAAUAAUCAGCAUAUUAACAUUUUCAUAUAUCCGUAUCCAUCAGAGACUGAAGGAUCAGAUCUCUCGCUGGCAUUGGUUCAAACAAACACAGAUCAAACUGACUGCGAUGUCGUUAGAGAAAAAACUGACGAGAGCCUUUUACAUCAUUCUCGGUAUAUUCCUCAUGUGUCUACUGCCAUCAUUUGUAAUGAUUUACAUCAUCAUCUUCUGUGAUGAAUGUAACUGCACGCUCGUUCAUUGGAUGAGAGACUUGCAAUUCAUAUUCCUGCUGCUGAACUGUUCGUUAAAUCAGUUCUUAUACGCCUGGAGAGCACGGAACUUCCGCAAAGCCAUCUCUGCCGUGUUUUGCAAAACAGUUUCAUACCAGGUGAACGCUGAGCUUGCCGGUAACAACAAUGGCAUAAUUGCCGCUGAUUCUAAUUCAGCUGAUGUAAUAGAACUGAUUCCUCUGGACCCCACGAAACUUUCCCCGAUGCCUAUAGAAGAAAUGGGUCAGACAAACCAAUUCUCCUUUCAGUCUUCAGAAAAAAGAAAUUAAAGACAAUGCGAAGUAGGCAAGGCUAUCUUAGAAGGUAACUGAUUGCAAGUUUAUGAUGAAGUGCUGAAGAAAUAGAGUACAUCUUCCUUCGUUGGUAUAGCAACCUUUUAGGCCUAUCCAGAAUAUUUUCUCUGGCGCGCGACUGGUUUAAACGCAGAAAAAGAGACAAUUCUUUUUUUCUUUUCAUGGAGUCGCUCUAAGAAGUGACGGUGAACUGUUCGUAAUAGUUUCGCACCGCGCGCUGGGAAAAAAAAUCGAAGGAUAAUAAGAACCCGCAACUUCUAUUUGGCUUCAAAAUAUGCUCGUAUUUUUAUCCCUGGACAUUGUCUUUCCUUGAAGCUUUUCCUUGAAAAAACGGUCCGCCUCUCAGAGAAGGCAAUGUCUGCGGGCUGAUACCUGAGCAUGCUUUUACGCCAAAUGAAGCUAUCGCGUAGUAACUGUCUCAUCGUUGCUAGUUCAACCAUUCCAUCAUAGUGAUCAAAUAUUGACCUUCAUAACAAGAUGUCUGGUGAAGAAAAAAACAUUGCACACAAUUCCAUAGUUCCAUCUGCACCUUUGUGUCUCUGUAAACAUGGCUGUUUCAUGAGUUUUGCAUCACAAUGAAAUUAACGUUUGGGUUCAUGAGCUUGUUGUAAAAUGUUAUGUGAUAAAAUCUCAUUUCAGCUGACAUUUUUACCGCUCAAGAGAUUGGGGCGAGGAAACACUUGUCAGCUUAGGCUCCUUACAACUAAUCAAGAUAAUGUUGAUUGUUGAAGCUCGUUUUAUUUUAAAAUUCCUCAUCAUAUUUUCGUAAGGCUUUUCUAGGGGUUUUCUGCUUGUGUAUGGAUCAUUUUCAUGAUUGCUGACAAACCUUCGGGCUUCGGGGAAUAUUUCGUGCUGAUUUGUGCGCUGCAACUGUAAUAUUUAAUUUAUAAUUUACCCUAUUUUUCCUUUGUGAUUCCCCCUUUGAAAUAAUAUUAAAGGAGUGCUACCCGGCGAAAUCGGAUGAGUAUGAAUCUAGCGCAUCCAACAAAUUAUACUUUUCAGCAAGAUAGGGAAAAGUCAAAAUUUGAAAAAGAAACCGAAAUUGUUUGCGGAAAUUGAGGAGAAUUUUCGAAGAAUUUUCAAUCCCUUGGUUAUCGAGUUCGCAGUUGUGGAAAUAAGAUUUAACGAAUCACGGUUACAAAACAAAACUAUAAUCUCCCUGCAUGAGAUAAAUUUUGAUGAAAGCUUAAAAUCUAUUUCUAGGACUCUAUCUUUUAUUUGGCUUAACCUUUCCAUUUAAUCUUUUUCUCACUUAUAGCGGAAUUUCAUUUGCAAGGCAAAAUGAAACUAACACCCUCUUUUAUAGUGUAAACGAGGUUCAUUCUAUUGGCACAAGGAAUGAAUAAUAAAAAUAUAUAACAGGCAAUUUUGGUAGCUCGAAACGUGUGCUUUUAAGAUGUUUAUCCGUAUUAACUAUCAAAUAUUAAUGAGUGAAACUACAUAAGUGAAUCGCCGUAAUUUCUCGGGUUACCCACAAAUAGUUCGGCAAUAUUUACCUUAAACGUAAUGAAGCCGAUUUGUUACAUCGAUUUCCCGAUAUCACAAUUCAUCACGUACUUAUAAAAUUUUUCAGGCUUAUAACAGCCCACUUAUUUCACAACGGGCAACACCACACUUUUUGAUGUACUAAAACUUUAUGGCGAUCGAUCCAAAACAUUAUCAUUCGCCAAUUUCAGUUCAGGCUGAUUUAAAUGCAGUCGGAAAUUGUUGGAAUUAAUUCAAAUUCAACCGGAAAAUGUCAGUUUACUUAUUAACAGAAAGCAUAAAAGAAAUAUUGCCGAGGCGACUUAAAACAUCUGCCGCGAGGUAUCCUACAGCGCCAAGUGGAAUUUUGUCACAAUUCAGUCACGUAUAAAACGAACAUGAAAGGAUGACAGGAAAGGAAAAAACUACUCAAGUGAAGCUCAAAUACCAUAAGAAAAUUUGGUUUUAAGGUAUGGGUUUAUUUCAUCGCAAAAUUAAGUUGGUAAAUGUCAACAAUGACAGAGGGUUUCUAAAUUACUUUCCUACAGAGAGAUGUCAAUGCUUUCAAUAAAUAUCGUUUCAUCUAUAGUUUCACCUUUUAAUUUCUUUUCUUUUUUUUGAGAAAUCACAAUUGUCACUGCCGUGAACCAACCAAUAAAAGGAACUUCAUUUGCAGUAGCAGAUUGAAUGGGUAAGAAGAUUUAAUAAAGAAACUCAUUCUUACAUUUCCAACGAGUGUCAAGUUCCAUACUCACAGGUGAGAGAAGACGCUCUCGUAUGGAUUUUGGUGACACAUUUCUUGUUAUUUUGCGAUGAACUUUGGUACUAAUCUCUGCGAUGAUGAAUGGGCCCCGUUUGCAACGUCAGUCACUACAGCUUGCGUGUCGGCCAUAUUAUGUGUAAUCACGGCUCCAGGUAACUUCCUUAUCUGUUGGGCGAUCAUCAAGGAUCCGAACAACGAGCUGAAAUCUUCGUUCAAUUAUCUGAUUCUGAACCUGGCCAUUGCGGAUUCUUUUAUUGGAGUUGUGACAGAGCCUGUAUUCGUUUGGUAUCACAUCUCUGAAGCAAUGAAAUACGAAGUUCUUGGCCUUCGUUGGUUGGUUUAUAUGUCAUAUUUUAUGACUUCUACCGCCUCAGUGUUAAGCAUAGCUGCGUUAGCAACAGAUCGUUACCUCGCCUUGACUUCUACUACCAUUAGAAAACUGUCCUCUUCGAGCGCUAUUACAGUUUCCAUCGCAAUAUGGAUUUUCUCAUGCGGUUUACCUUUUCUUUAUUUCGGGACUGGGUUUUAUACGCUGGCGUUCAUUUUUGCCAAUACCACAAUAAUUCUAACUCUGAUUCUUUUAGUUUUUUAUUUUGCACGUAUUGUAAAGAGUCUAAACGCUCACGAGAAAAAAAUGCGAUCGGUUCUUGGAAUGGAGGCGCGCCGUCAAGGGCUCCACAGAGAAAAGAAAGCAACAAGAAGUUUCCUUUUUAUUUUGGUUGGUUUUUUCGUAUGCAGCUUUCCGUCUUGUGUCAUGAUAUACGUCAUUAAUUUAUGCAGCACGUGCAGCUGUGACGUUAUACACUGGUUUAGAGACCUACAGUACUUGUCAGUUCUUAUCAACUCCUCGUGUAACCAGUUUUUGUAUGCGUGGAGGAUGAAAAGUUUCCGCCGAGCUUUUAGAAGAAUUCAUCCCCUCUUCGUUUGUUGGGAAGAACAAGAGAGAAGAUCGACCGUGCCACAACUACCUUCCAAU